CACUCACGUUUCUGAGUUGCUGUUGCUGCUGCUGCUGCUCCAUCACGCCACCGGCGCAUGCUCUACGCCACUUCCGUUUCAGCUUCUCGGUGCCGCCCCGGAAGUAACCUCUCGCUGCUCUCGAGAACCAAGCUAGAGUAUCGCCUUGCCCCGGCUGCGACGUCACUUCCGCCCUUAUAAUCUGCGACGUGGCCGGCUUCUUCUGCCCGGGGUGGACGUCACUUCCGCCGAGUCCCUGACCUGCUGCUAGGAUCGCGACGGGAACUGGAGCCCGAGGUCCCCGCGCGGCCCGGGCCUGGCGCCCUGAGGGGAAGAGCGGCCCGGCCCGAGGGUGCUGGGGUGGAGAGUUUUACUCCAAUACCUUUCCUAGCCAUGACGGACGGGAUCCUAGGGAAGGCAGCCACAAUGGAGAUCCCUAUCCACGGGAACGGUGAAGCCAGGCAGCUUCCUGAAGAUGAUGGGCUGGAGCAGGACCUCCAGCAAGUGAUGGUGUCAGGACCCAACCUCAAUGAAACCAGCAUUGUGUCUGGUGGCUAUGGGGGCUCUGGUGAUGGACUCAUCCCCACAGGGAAGUCAAUUUCAUGUGCUGGGAGAGAAGCAUGGGUGGGGCCACAGAGGUGUCUGGUGUAUCUGAGAGAGGCUGGUGUCAGAGAACUUGAUCCUUUAGGGUCUGGCCGCCAUCCAUCUCACAGCACCACUCCUGCUGGCCCUGGAGAUGAGGUGGCUCGGGGCAUUGCUGGAGAAAAGUUUGACAUCGUCAAGAAAUGGGGCAUCAACACCUAUAAGUGCACAAAGCAACUGUUAUCAGAACGAUUUGGUCGAGGCUCACGGACUGUGGACCUGGAGCUAGAGCUGCAGAUUGAGUUGCUGCGUGAGACGAAGCGCAAGUAUGAGAGUGUCCUGCAGCUGGGCCGGGCACUGACAGCCCACCUCUACAGCCUGCUGCAGACCCAGCAUGCACUAGGUGAUGCCUUUGCUGACCUCAGCCAGAAGUCCCCAGAGCUUCAGGAGGAGUUUGGCUACAAUGCAGAAACACAGAAACUGCUAUGCAAGAAUGGGGAAACACUGCUAGGAGCUGUGAACUUCUUUGUCUCUAGCAUCAACACACUGGUCACCAAGACCAUGGAAGACACGCUCAUGACUGUGAAACAGUAUGAGGCUGCCAGGCUGGAAUAUGAUGCCUACCGAACAGACUUAGAGGAGCUGAGCCUAGGCCCCCGGGAUGCAGGGACACGUGGUCGACUCGAGAGUGCCCAGGCCACUUUCCAGGCCCAUCGGGACAAGUAUGAGAAGCUGCGGGGAGAUGUGGCCAUCAAGCUCAAGUUCCUGGAAGAAAACAAGAUCAAGGUGAUGCACAAGCAGCUGCUGCUCUUCCACAAUGCCGUGUCCGCCUACUUUGCUGGGAACCAGAAACAGCUGGAGCAGACCCUGCAGCAGUUCAACAUCAAGCUUCGGCCUCCAGGAGCUGAGAAACCCUCCUGGCUAGAGGAGCAGUGAGCUGCUCCCAGCCCACCUUGGCUAUCAAGAAGGACAUUGGGAAGGGCAGCCCCAGGGUGUAGGAGAUUGGACAUGGGACAUCCCUUGUCACUUGCCCUCUGGCUUGGGCUCCUUUUUCUGGCUGGGGCCUGACACCAGUUUUGCCCACAUUGCUAUGGUGGGAAGAGGGCCUGGAGGCCCAGAAGCUGUUGCCCUGUCUAUCUUCCUGGCCACAGGGCUUCAUUCCCAGAUCUUUUCCUUCCACUCCACAGCCAACGGCUAUGACAAAACCACUCCCUGGCCAAUGGCAUCACUCUUCAGACUGGGGUGUGCCCCCUGACCAAUGACAGAGCCUCAAAAUGCCCUGUCAGCCAAUGGCAGCUCUUCUCAGACUCCCCUGGGCCAAUGAUGUUGCGUCUAAUACCCUUUGUCUCUCCUCUAUGCGUGCCCAUUGCAGAGAAGGGGACUGGGACCAAAGGGGUGGGGAUAAUGGGGAGCCCCAUUGCUGGCCUUGCAUCUGAAUAGGCCUACCCUCACCCACCCACCCAGUUUAAUUGUGCUUAGAGCCCAAGAAGAUUGGGAUCUAGCACUAGGAAUAAACCUUUCAUAAAAGCAG